AAAAAAAACAGCACGGAAACGGACAAGCUGGACUCAUCACGCCGAUUCAAAGAGCACAUUGAUGCCGCUAAGCACUUCUCUCCAAAGAAGUGACAGCCCUUACGCACAAAUAUGCAAGAACACUCAACAGUCCGGCUUUAGCAGUCUGUUGGAGUCGGAUUCAGGAAAUCUGAUGAGUUACAGUCAGAAUGCCUCAUCCUGUCAGUUGACUCGCUGGGACCAGCAGCACGCAGAGACGACCUUUUGAUUUAUUUAUCAUUUUCAUUUAAAAACAAAACUAACUUUCUUACACUCUGGGCUCCUGAUAUGGACAUUGUGUGGGUUGUUUCACUGAUACUUGCCUUCAUGUCCACCAGACUGAGUCUCGUUGAGGCAACACGGCAAGACUCAAAGUGCCCAGCUGGAUAUCAUAAAAAUUCUAAAGAUAAUUCCUGCAAGCCAUGCGAGACGGGCACAUAUACAGAGAUAAACAACACUCUUCCAUUCUGUCAUCGGUGCCAUUCUUGUGGUAAUGGGGUGGGAGAUAAAAAACCAUGCACAACUAAAAGCGAUGUGGUGUGUAACUGUACUCCUGGACACUAUUCAAAGGAAGGCGCCUGCAGGAAAUGCUCCGAAAACAAUUUUAUCGGCACCAAUGAAGAUUAUUAUGAUAUGUGUCGUCAGCCCUGCCUAAGCCCACACUGUACGAAGGACCCAGGAUCCAAGACAACUCCUCCCAUCUUGGCUCCAUCUGAAGUUCGAGCAAAUACUACAGAAACUAAACCUUUGACUACUGCGUCGACUGCCAGCCCGACUUCACCGUCAGGGAGACCGACUCUUUCCACAACACUGAAAACAUCAAGUCCAACUAUGGAGAAAGUGCCAAAUCAAUCAGAUACCCUCUUCUGGCUUUCUGCUUUGGGGGCUGUUACAUCUCUGUUGCUCUUUUGGUUCCUGCUGCUCUUCUGCAGGAGCCUGCUCAGAAAGGAAGCUGUUCUUCCCUGCUGGAGCAAACAAAAAUACCUGCAAAGACUUCCUCAGGAACCAAAAUUGGACGAGGAACGUAGUCAUCACUGUAGCAGCCCAACCACACAGACAUUUACAGUUUUUGAGGAAACUCCCAUGAUGUCUCUCUGUCAGGAACCACCUGCUCACAUCAGCGGCCACGUGCAGCACGGCCUUCACGCAGAUGCAAGACGAUAUGAGCACUGUGACCGCUGGCCGGCCAUCGUGCUCUAUGCGAUCAUCAAGGAAGUGCCUGUUCGCAGAUGGAAGGAGUUCCUCCGACUGCUGUCUGUGUCCGACCAGCAGAUGGAGCGGGUGGAGAUGGAGGCCGGUCUCGGGUCCAUGGAGAAGCAGUACCAGAUGCUGAGGCUGUGGAGCCAGCGCUCCUCGGCGAGCCUGAAUGAAGUUUACUCCUCACUGCACCUCAUGGAGUUGUCGGGCUGCGUCCAGCAGCUGCAGGAGAACCUGGAGAGGCUGCAGUGGAGGUGCGAAGUGAAGCAGGCGCUCGCAGUCUGACGAGGCUGCUGAAGGGAACGGGUUCCUGAGACUGCAGCUUUAAACGCAAAGAGUACAAAGCCUGCCGUCUGUAAUACAGACGGGAUAGGAAAUAUCAAUUCUCAGUUUGUGCCUGGGUGUUCUUGAACACCGGCGACUAAAGUUUAACACCAACAGACUGCUGCAUACGACUUCAUGUAUUUCUUGAAUUGUGGAGGUGAAUACCGUCAUGGAGAGGAGUGUGAUUCCUUUAUAAGCUUGCCCACAACAUGUUUUUUUGUGUGUUAUCUAACCAAAGAUAUACACUGUACACAGCGAAUGUAGGUUUGAUCCAGACCAGAGUAAGUCAGAGAUCACAUGAGGAAGACUUCAUCAUGUGAAUGAAGGCACCAACGCUAGCAAUUCUCAGAAGUACUUUCUGUUUCUUCAGGUGUGUUCUCCAUCCUAGUAAGCUGUCGAGGGUGUUGAAAAAAAAAAAGUUAUAAAAACAAGGGAAAUGCCUCUCUGUCAACUGUUAGCUUCUGUCUUGAAACCUCCAAGAAAACACCACUCUACCUCUUUUUCUCUCAUGUGGGCAUCGUUUAUAGUUCAACAGUAUACAGUUGUGGUUUUACAGCGGCGCACUGUCGUUUAAAUAUGAGUAAGACGCGCAUCGUGUUUGCACUUCCUGUGUUCGUUUAGCUCCGGGAGUUGACCCUCCAGUUUUAUCUGUUUCUGUUCGACUAGUUAAAUACAGACUAUGCUGAAUGGAGACUUUUAAGUACAUCUGUGAUGCUUGAGCAGGCCAGCCGCCGUUGGUCUCCUUCAGCAUAAAAGUCUGACAAGUACAACUCAGCCACUGACUCUGACUCUGGUUGCUCACCUUUGCAAGAAGGAGACGACUGAAAUCCCCAAAGGACGUCAGAUUUUCAGUUUCCUGCAAGCAGAACGGUGUCAGUGUGCAGUAGGCUGGGUUUUUCCUCACCACACUUAUUCCAUUCAAAAUGAUAGUUUUGGCUUGUGGUGUUCGAGUAUCUCACUUUGAGAGAUUAUUUUUGUGUGUGUGUAUGUGUGUCAGUUCGGUUCACUGACAGGAAAGGACUUGGACUUUCCAAGUUUUAGGAGGUUAAUAAGUUUUUGUGUUUGAUCUUGGAACCUAUAAUUUGUGUUGUAUGUAUUCCUUUUCUUAAUUUUAUUAAACUAUUUAUAAAUGUUAUCUUAAGAGUUUUUCUUUUUAUUUGAAUGCUCACUGGUCUUGUUGAUAGAUUUGUAUAACGAAGCGGUACUGUAAUAAGCCACGUCCACAUGGUUACGUGUGAUAU